CUUGUCCAUAAAAAUAUUUUCCGCUCAACUGCACAUCCCGUGUGAGUGACAUCAGCGACCACGGAAACUGGCUUUUCGUCCAAAAUUCAAGCACAGUGUACAGACUUACAGUAUACCUUGCUGCCUUUGAUUUGUAUACGUUCGGAAGUGGACUCAGUUCAGCAUGAAUCUAGAUAAAGUUCCUGAUGUAGACAAAUUGGAAUUAUGUCGUAAAUAUUACAUAGGUGGCUUUUUUCUCUUGCCAUUUCUUUGGUUCAUCAACUUCAUUUGGUUCUUCAAAGAAGCUUUCAUCCGACCUCCCUUUGAGGAGCAAAAGCAGAUGAAGAAAUAUUUGAUCAAGUCCUGUAUAGGAUCGGUCAUAUGGACCGCAGCUCUUGUGGCCUGGAUCACGUUAUUUCAGCUGAACAGAGCGAGGUGGGGUGCCACAUCAGAUGCCAUCUCCUUCAUCAUCCCCCAAGGAAUUCCUUAAAACACAUUUACCCCAUGCUUGAACUAUAAUCGAGUUGAUUGUUAAGAAAUAAAGAAAUUUUAAUGCUGGCACUUCAUCUGUGCAAUGGUUAGUGGUUGGGCCGAACUUCCCGCCAAAGAACCUGGAGGUGACCCAAAGGAGGAGUAUCAAAUCGCCAGUCUGUAUUGAUUUCACCAGCUAAACUGAAUUAAGGACAUUCCUUUGGUCUCGUUGUUGCCCAACAAUUGGUCUUUUGUCUGGUCCUGUGAUGGUCUCAACCAUGGCGCUGUAAAAUGUCAACAGCCCAAAUCCGAUUGGCUUUAUUGAAUUAUUAUUAUUAUUAUUUAUUCAGCCAUCAUCAGAAUAUUAAAAAUGGCUACUCAGUAACAAAGCGAAACAGCACUGAGGUGAUAAUGUGAAUGGAGCAAGGAGGGUGACCAAUAAACCAGGGCAAAAACAUUCCAAGCUGGCCAGGGAAAGUUUAAGUGUACCUAAACACUGUACAUGUAGUCGGAAGACGUGCUCACCCAAGCGUAAAAUGUAACUCAAGUUUAGAAUUAAAGAAUGCACGAAAACAAUUAACACAUAUGUUUGAAUAUUCAACUCAGCUAGAAUUAUCAAAUCGACAAAUUUCAGUCACGAGUGCAUGUAUAUAAACCACUCUAAGGUUUGUAAAAAGUAUGUUUUAAUUAGAAAAGUACUCAAAACUUACUCAAUGGAGUAAUUUUUAAAUGCUUUCUCAUUAAACUUUGUUUGUGUUAAUUGUUAUUGUCUGAUAUUCUCUAAUUCUGUAGUCUUUGUGCAUGUACUGUCCACGGGCAACCUUAAACCAGUCCAAUGUUUACAGUGGACUUGGUUGAAAAAAUCAAGACUCAAUGCACAUUACAUAAACGUACUUGUCAUCACUUGUUUCAUGUUGUCCACUACAGCUGGAUAACGUCAGAUUUUCUUGCCUGAAAAAGAGUUGCUGGGCUGGUGCCUCUAACCUGCAAAUUCUUCAACCUUGCAAUAGCGCUUCGACCCAACCAAGCCUGACGCGUUAUGCCGCGGAAAUGGAAAAACAAAUUCUUUAAACGAGCGUAUACGUACUCCGCGAAACAAACCCCAAAAUGUGUGUUUACACGUCAUCCAGUUCCAAGUGGUUGAUGUGUAUAACGAUUAUGAUGCUACAUGAUUGGUUCUGUCAUAGGCACUUUCACGUGCCCAAUAAUAACUCUUUUGCAACUGAGGAUGAACCUAGUGAAAGCUUUAGUCUCUUUUUAGUUGAAAGGCUGAAGUCUGGACUUGCAGGCACUUGCAAUGGCGUUUCUUUCAAAACUCCACCACGUACGCACAUGUGGAUACAUGUACAAUACCACGAAGUUCAGCAUGGUCAUGUGAUGUAAUAUGGAUACGGUAGUUUGAAGAGUGCAUGGAAGACAUGUAUUGCUUGUCUCUUUUAAUAAAACAUCCCAGUGAAUCAUCA